GUUAACAUUUGUACUUCACACGAUUCACAACGAAUUCUUGUUUUAUUUCUGAACAAAACACAAAUUAUUUCGCUUUGCGUAAUUUUAUAUAAUCCGAACCAAAAAAAAAAAAAAAAAAUAAAAGUAAUCGUAUACAAUUUCGACGCGCUAUUCCGUGCCAAAGUUUUACGUGUGCGGUUUUCGAAUUUUAGCAUUUAAUCAAUUGUUGUAAAAAUUAUGGAUCCAAAACGUGGUGGUAAUGUGGCAGCAACACGCCAAGGAGCGUCCAAGACGAGCGUUGCCUUCUGUUUUGAUUUGCAGUCGCGUCACGGGAUGGUGCCGCCUGCCAACAUGGCCCGCAAAUACGGCAGCGAGGUCAGCCUGACGCCCAGCCAGGCCAAGCAGGGUGUGGAAAAUCCGCGCAAGAGUCCGCUAGAUGCGCUGAGCCGCAUGAACUAUCGCCAGGAUCCCUUCCAGCGCCGUUCGGGCCUGCAGGAUGUGGAUGAUUCGUUUAUGGCAGCCAAUGCCUUUGCGCGUCCCUCACGCCUGCGGCACUCGGGCCUGGAAGGCAACAUGUCCGUGGCCAGCAACCAGCCGGCAGCAAAUGCCGCCGUGGCACCCAUACGCGUUGCCUCGGGCCAGGAGGCGCCGCAGAUGCAAAUGCAAUACCAGCCGCAAAUGCAGCAACAGCAGCAGCAGCAGCAACAGCCACCGCAGGCUGCCCAGAUACCACAGCAAGCCGUUUCCAACCUGGCUCCGGCGCAGGUGCCGCUACAACAGCAGCCGCCGCCAGCACAACAACAGCAACAGUUGGCACCAGCAACUGUUGUGCCCACACAGCAGUCGUUGCCGCAACAGCAGCAACAGCCGCAAUACGUGCAGCAGCCGGCUGCUGGUCAACCCACGCGCCAUGAGCCUUACCCCAGCGGACGCGCCCAUGUGCAACAUCAGCAUCAUCAACAGCAACAACAGCAGCAGCAGCAUCAACAGCAGCUCCAACAGCAGCAACAGAAUCCCCAUGAGCAACAACAGCUGGCACAGCAGGAUGCACAGGCUCAAGCUCAAGCACAGAUGCAGCAGCAGCAGCAGCAAAUGCAAAUGCAACAGCAGCAGCAGCAACCACCCGCCCAAAUGUCGCCGCGCAAGUACCAGCAACUGCAGCAGCAACAGCAACUACAGCAGCAACAACCUGGCUACCCCACACAGGCGACGGGCGCUGGAGCUGUGCCUCCAGCUGCCGAAAUGUGCACCACAUGCCCCAAUUGCCAGACGACCAUCUAUUUGGUGCGCACGCCCGAGCUGGGGCACGGCGAUGCUGGCCUGCCGCUGCAGUAGGACGACCACAUGCUUUGUCAAUCCCAUACAGAAAUUCACUCCAGAAAAGGAAACAAACAAAUCAAUGAAAAAGUCUAAAAAAAAAUUUAUGAAAAUGUAACUUUGGCGUAAAGAAAUUCAAGCUCAUAUUUAGAUGCGUGUGCGUGUGUGUGUAUGGGGAUUGCGCGCAGGCCCCAUACCCAGAAGAGAAGUGGUGCUUUGCUUGGUGAUCACAAUGCAUCCAAAUUUGAAGUAGAACCCGACGAACAAAUACAAAUCUCCCCAAAUUCUCGGUUCACCUUUCCGACUAUAUAUACUGCCCAAGUCGAAACAAACGAAAGAUGAAUAACAAUAAUUUGUUUUGCCAGAACAGCUCGAAACUUCCAUGCUCUGACACGAAAUUUCACUGUAAAUAAAGACUCUAAUUUUAUUUUACUGAAAA